GAACAAGGCUCGUCCGGGUGAGAUCUCGCACACCGCCGACCCAGAGGACGAGAAGGUGAGAGCGCGCGUGGAGAUCAGAAUGGGUGUGGCCUUCCUGUGGCUGGGGGCCUUCCAGAAGGCUGAAGCUCAUUUCGAGAAGGCGCUCGGCAGCGAAGGGCUGGAAAUGGAGGAGGCCAAACAGGUCCGCCUGGAUCUUCAACGCGUCCAGGCCGCAAAGAAGGCACUCCAGGAGAAAGAGCAGGCCGACCAGACCCUCCGAAACGCCCACGGCGAAGGACAGGAGGUUCUCGAGAAGGCACUUCAGCAGUACGAUGAGGCAGAUGCCACAUCCCAGCAGGAGUGCGCCGUCGUCUAUGCAAAUCGCUGCCAGGCCCAUCUGCAGAUGGGCAAACUUCAGGAAUGCUUGGAGGAUGCCGAUGCCGCCCUUCGGGUGCUGCGGCGGUGGCCUUGCGCUGGCAAGGCACCCAAGCCUCCGGCACGACCCUCUGGCUUAGAGCCGCCCUUCCUCGAUGACCCCACCUUCGUCCACCCCGACCAGCAGAAUCAGGGUGAGCGCGAGUGGCUGAUGAAGCACAACGGCGGGUCGGUCAAGGAUCUUCCUGGGCUUCCCGAUGAGUACGAGUGGGUGAAGGACUCUGCAGAGAAGAACGAGGACGCCUGGAUUGCCGUGAAAAAGCGGAUGUCCAAGGUGACCAUUGACGCCAUCAAGCGGACGACCGCCGAGCUGCAGGAUGCUCUGUACCUUCGCAACCCUGCGCAGAUCCGGCAGCAAAUCGCCGUGGCCACCGAGCAGAACAAGGCCCGGGAAGGCCCCAGCAGCAAGGCCAUCCAGCAGGCCGAGGACUACGCGCAGAAGCUGGAGGAGCACGAGAAGGCUCAGGAAGCGCAGAGAGACCAGGAGGAG